AUGUCGACAUUGAUGGCGGUGGACCAACUCAACCAGCUCCGGGAUAUAUUUAACCGGUUCGACAUGGACUCCGAUGGAUCCCUAACUCACCUCGAGCUAGCCGCCCUCCUCCGGUCUCUCGGCCUCAAACCGUCCGGCGAUCAAAUCUAUAUGCUCUUCAACCACAUGGAUUCCAAUGGCAACGGUGCCGUUGAAUUCGACGAAUUAGUGAAAGCCAUGUCGCCGGACAUGAUGACGGAACAAUAUCUCAUCAAUCAAAAGCAGCUUCUCCAGGUGUUCCAUUCUUUCGAUCGAGAUGGAAACGGGUUCAUCACGUUGGCUGAGCUAGCGAAAUCGAUGGCCAAGAUGGGUCAACCGUUAACGUACCGUGAACUUACCGAGAUGAUCGAAGAGGCCGAUACCGACGGCGAUGGUGUCAUUAGUUUUAACGAAUUCGCAAGAGUAAUGGCAAAAUCUGCAGCCGAAUCCUUUGGGUUCCCAGUUCCAUUGCCUUGA